AUGUCUUCCACCCAACCAACCCCCGUCGCCAUCGUCUGCGUAGGCAUGGCCGGCUCCGGCAAAACCACCUUCAUGCAACGCAUCAACGCCCACCUCCACACCCUCCACCAACAAUCCCCCUCCACCACUGCCCCGCCCUACGUCGUGAACCUCGACCCUGCCGUUCGCAGCGUGCCCUUCGAAAGCAACAUCGACAUCCGCGACAGCGUCAACUACAAGGAAGUCAUGAAACAAUACAACCUGGGCCCCAACGGCGGCAUCCUCACCAGCUUGAAUUUAUUCAGUACGAAGAUCGAUCAGGUGAUGGGAUUACUAGAGAAGCGGUGUCUACCUUCCAAACAACCACCACCACAAACAACAGACACCACCACCCCACCGAAAUCCCUCCCAUCCCAUAUCCUCCUCGACACCCCCGGCCAAAUCGAAGUCUUCGUUUGGUCCGCCUCAGGCCAAAUCCUCCUCUCCUCCCUCGCCUCCUCCUUCCCCACCGUCCUAGCCUAUAUCAUCGAUACCCCGCGCACGACCGCCAGCACCUCGACCUUCAUGAGCAAUAUGCUCUACGCCAUCAGCAUCCUGUACAAGACCCGCCUUCCCAUGAUCCUGGUCUUCAACAAGACGGAUGUGAAGGACGAGGGGGAGGCGGUGGAGUGGAUGCGAGAUUUUGAGGCGUUCCAGGCUGCUUUGCGGGCGGAGGAGGAGGAGGUGGAGAUGAGAGGUGGGAGUGGUGGGGCGGGGUAUAUGGGGUCGUUGUUGAAUAGUAUGAGUUUGGUGUUGGAGGAGUUUUAUAAUGCGCUUAGUGUCGUUGGCGUGAGCUCGAUGACUGGGGAUGGGGUGGAGAGGUUUUUCGAGGCGGUGGAGGGGAAGAGACAAGAGUUUGAGAGGGAGUAUCAGCCGGAAUUGGAGAGGCGGAGGAGGGAUAUGGAUGGGAUGAAGGCUGAGAUGAGGGAGAAGGAGGUCAGGAGGAUGAUGGGGGAUAUGGGUGUUUCUUCUAAAGCUAAGGGGACGGGGAAGUAUGCUAAGAGUGGGAAUGGUGGGAGGAUUGCGAAGGAGGGGCCUGAGACGGUGUCGGAUGUGGAGGAGAUGGAGGCUGAUGAGGAUGAUGGACUGGAGGAUCCGGAUCACGAGAUGGGGACGGGCAUGGAGGAGGAGGAUGAUGUGGAGUUUGAGGAGAGUUUGAAGAAGCGGUAUGAGGAUGCUUUGAAGGCUUCCGGGGGCCCAGCGGCGACGGUGAAGAGUGCGGAGUAUAUUCGGCGGACGCAGGGGUGA